AAUGAAACAUUACUUAAAGAACUUGACAGUUUAGUUGAAGAUAUUAUACUACCUUUCCAAGAUAGUAAAACUUCAACAAAAGACAAUUCUAAUAAAAAUACAUAUGAUGAGAUUGAGAAUUCGGAAGACCAAAUGCAAGAAUGUCUUGAUAAUUCAAAAGAAAUACUGGUUAAAGAUUUUGAAAAUGCUGUACAUCAAUUAUCGAAAUUUAAUGUGAAGGAAUGA